CCGGAGAGAAGGUUGCGUUUGUAAGAGGACGAAUAGCUGGUGAAAAAGAUCCUGAUUCAGAUAAAUUAUUGCAAGAUGAAAUAACAUAUAUAAAAAAGGAUGUUAUUGAAGAUAAACACAACGUAGAAUACGGGGAGAACUUUAUAUCAUCAGACAUACAAAGUUCACCAUCCAAGCGAAUCAAAAUUGAAGUUAACUUGAACAAAGAACAAGAUAAUAAUGUUUCAAAUGCUCAAACUCUCCUUCAACCCACGUCAAGUGCACCAUCAUCCAUCUUUUCCGAUGUCAUCGAAUCCAUGUUUGUCCCAGGAUUUAACAGAAAUGUUGUAUGGGCCAUAGAUCUCGUUUUUCUGAUGCUGCUUAUAAUUGAAGGUGUACUUGCAUUAAUGACUGAUUAUAAUGUUUACGUGCUUAUUCACAUGGGGAUCACCUUGGCACUGUUUAUUGCUUUACAAUU